AAGUGCUUCUUCACACUUCUCAUCUCUCUCUCUCUCUCUCUUCAAUGGAAUCCAAUAGUCGGCGACGCUUUCACUCUCUCCGGCGACGAUGAACUCAUCGCCGGGGGAAUGAGUUCGUGUUGCUUCCUUCUCAGUCCGCGUUCCAACGGCGGCUCGCCGUUUCUGUUGAAGAACUUUCCAGAAGGUUCGUGGAAUCAAAUGGCGGAGUCAGGGACCUCGAAUUCCUCCGUCGUCAAUGCGGACGGGUCUAGUAACGGUGGAGGCGACGAGGACUCGUGCUCUACACGCGCUGAUGACGUGUUCACCUUCAAUUUCAAUAUUCUUAAAGUGGAAGGGGGGAACGACGUUGUAACGAAGGAACUGUUCCCGGUGAGUGGAGGAGUUAAAGGAAGAGAUGAAGGUGGGUCCGGGAAUUGGCAGGGGAAAGCUACGACGUCGUUUCCGACGAGGAAUGGCCUCGCGGAUCUUUCGUUUGAUCGCGAGGUGAAGAUGGUUCAGCCUCAGCCUCAGCAACCAGCCAAGAAGAGUAGGAGGGGACCAAGGUCUCGGAGCUCGCAAUACAGAGGGGUUACCUUUUACAGGCGGACCGGAAGAUGGGAAUCGCAUAUCUGGGAUUGCGGGAAACAAGUCUAUUUGGGUGGAUUUGACACAGCUCAUGCUGCUGCUAGAGCCUAUGAUCGAGCUGCUAUUAAAUUCAGGGGUGUUGAUGCUGACAUCAAUUUCAAUCUAAGUGAUUACGAGGAUGAUCUUAAACAGAUGAAGAAUUUAUCCAAGGAGGAAUUUGUGCAUAUACUCCGCCGCCAAAGUACUGGUUUCUCUAGAGGAAGUUCUAAAUACCGUGGAGUAACGCUCCACAAAUGUGGUCGGUGGGAAGCUCGAAUGGGACAAUUCCUUGGCAAAAAGGCUUAUGACAAGGCAGCUAUCAAAUGCAAUGGAAGGGAAGCAGUGACUAACUUUGAGCCUAGUACAUACGAAGGAGAGAUGAAGUCUGCAGUCAUUAAUGAAGGUGGCAGUCAGAAUCUUGAUCUCAAUUUGGGCAUAGCAACUCCAGGACCUGUUCCCAAAGAAAAUUGGGGGCAACCUCAGUUCCCCUCCGUCCCUUACAACAUGCACGGUGGAAGAUAUUCUAGGAUGGAAACCAAUGUUAAUUCAGGAAUAGGUAAUCCAUUUCUGAAAAGGCUGGUUGUAACUGAAGAGCGUCCUUCUGUAUGGAAUGGCAUGUAUCCUAGUUUCUUUCCCAACGAGGUAAUCCAUCUGGAGUUGAUUACUUGUUUCUUUAUCGAGUAACUCAUUUAAAGCCUUGACAAUUAUUUCCUUGUUAGUGUCUUCAUUAGAACACUGAAGAAUGCUUGACUUUAAAUGUGAUAUUUAACAGCAAAAUUUGAUUUUUAUGUUCAUGGAGUUACUAAUAAGUUUAUAUGAGCUUUUGGUGCAAUUUUUGUAGUGAAGUGAUUGUUGGUAUUAUGUUAUAUAUUUGAUAUUUGUUCCAUGUCAUUCAAUAUUUUAAGAAAUGAGUUGGUGCAAAUUGUGUUUCAAAAGCAUUAUUUGGAAUGAUCAGUCCAUGAAUACAUCAUGAUAAUGCAUAUAUAUAUAUAUAUAUAUCAUAUUCAAUGCAAUGGUCAUAUAUUAAUAAUAAGAUGAAUAUGGAGUAUGGCUAGAGUUUGAAAGCAAAGCAUAUCACGGCAUUGUGAUAACAUUUGCACUGAACGUUCCACUACCAUUUUAUUUUUGUUGCCUAUCUAGAGGUUCUGAGUGACGCAACAUCGAGCAUUGAGCUUUUGAGUGUAAACAAUUAUAUGAUGGCAUUUUUGCUUGUAUGUGAAAAUCUCUUUAAGACUGUAAAAGAUUAUUAAUAUUUUUAGCAGGAAAGAGCAGAGAGAAUCGGCAUUGAUCCUUCAAAAGGACUUCCCAAUUGGGCGUGGCAAACACAUGGCCAAGUCACUGCUAGCCCAUUAUCACCGUUCUCUGCUGCAGCAUCAUCAGGAUUCUCAAAUUCAGCUACCUUUCCAUCGACUACCAUGUUUCCAACAGGAUCUAUGAACUCAAUUGGGCAGAGUCUCUGUUUUACUUCAUCCAGCUCACCUAGCAGCAAUGCAUCUCAAAAUUAUUACCACGUUAAGCCCCCACAGGGACCACCCUAGCUGAUCUUGUACUACAGAUUAAAGGCAAACCAUAAGAAGUGUUUGCUUUCAGAAUUCUUUGUAUAAUUCAGUCACUGAUUGGUGUAUACUUGGAUUUGACACCUGAUUGAUACCUUUGCUUAAACCGUUAUGCCCCGUGUUUGGAUAAAUCAUCUUUGAAGGAAUGCUAUUCUUUGGGUGCACUAGUACUACGAUGUGCUAUUUUCCUCAAAUUUUUUGACAGUCAAAAUUCAUGGUAUAUGCUCACCAAUCUUGAGAUUUUAGGUCCUGAUAAUUAUGGGAGGAAAAAAAAAAGACCAUUUCAUUUUAUAUUUUUCCAUUGUAGGACUCUAACUGAUUUUUCUAUAUAAACCAUCUUAUUCUCUUUUGUUUAAGAUUUGGUUGUAAAAAGCAAUGCUUAAUAUUUUCCAUGACAUUUGGGAUCCCUUCACCUAGUAUCUGAACAAAUAAGCAA